AAAAUCAUGUUGUAGAUUCGAAAAUCUUUUCAGUCCAAUUUUUAAAUCGUUUCGCUUCGUCGGCGUUCACAGUUGUCGGAAGGUGAAACAAAUCCCUAAAAAAGCGGAAAAGAAAAAAACCCACAAUACAAAAAUGAGAUUUUGUUGUGCAGUAUUAAUCGCAGCUGUGACUGUAAAUUGUCUCGUGACGGCAAUAAAUGGCAAAACUGCCACCAAAACGGUUAUAGAACCAUCCAAUAUGUUGUUGCCGCCACUCGAAGAUAAGCCACAAGAUGCUGUUAAAACGACUAAGACUCCUGUCACAUCCACCACGAGCACCACUACUACUACCACCAAAAAACCAACGACGAAGAGGACAACAAUAGCAACAACGACUACAACAAGGAAACCAACGACAACGGCAAAGCCUGUCGUACCUGAACUAUCGAUUGAAGCUUUAUUGCCACCUCUAUUUGAACCUAAAAUUGAAAAGGCGGAGGAUAAACAUAAACAAUCUGGAGAGGCAGCUACAACCACCACCAGCACCACCUUUACCACCGCCACCUCGUCCUACACACAAAAACCCAUCGAAUUAUCGAAACCAACGAAAAAACCUUCAAAGGAAGUUAAACAAUACACCAAACAAUCGUUGGCCCACAAACAUGUUGCCGAUGUUGCCAAAUCGAAGCCAAUAACCAUGCAACAUGUCAUCAGCAACAUUGAAAGCAGAAUCACAAAUCAAGUUGUUGCAAAGGUUGCCCAGAAAAAGGCCAAGAACACCAUCUCCUCGGCUGCCUCCAGCUCAACCAUAAAUUACAGUUUGAAUGGUUUCGAUAUUUAUUUGGGCUCCACAACUCCCCGUCCACCGAAAUAUGGUUUGCCCACAAUUACACCAUUUCCCCGUCGUUUAGGCUAAGACAAUCCAUCAGCGAAUAGUUAUGUGAUUAUUGCUUUGCUACGCAAGGCAAGACUUAAGACUUAAUUUAUUAUUAAUAAUCUGUAUUUUUAACAACAAUUGCGACAAAAUGAAAUGUUAUUCUUAUAAAAAUUGGGAAAAUAAAAAAAUUAAAA